AUGGUGGCGGGCACAUAUGCAGGGGGCAUGGUCGCUGCAGAAAUAGUCGACUAUUCCAUGAUGUCGACGGCAGAAGUCGAAGCUAUACAAAAUAGUUCCGGAGAAAAGGGCGGAGAAGCGUCUGCCCUUGGCGCCCGCGCUUUCGAUGACCUGACUGACCUGGAGAAUGAAGAGUUUAUAGUGAGUAAUGGGCUGAUAUUUCAUUUGUAG